GUUUGGCAAACGCCACAGGGUGUUAGCUUGGUCGGUCCGCGAAAACGAAACCAAAACUAUGUGCCCUCACAUUAGUUUCGUUUUGCAAUAAUAGAGCUGGCUGCAGUGAGUUGCAGUCUAGGACAAGAAUUGCUGCUGAUGGCGUCUGAUCAUGGAUGAGGAGGUUAAACCAGAUGACGAAAAUGUGAAUUACGUCCUGGCUCAGGAAUCCAAAGAACUGUUCCACAUCCUUGCCAAACAGCCACCCUCAGUUAUAAUGCAGUUGUACCGAAUGAUGCCCGGUACAGCUGGGGGGCAAAACCAGCCGUCCUCCCCUGGCCCUCCUGUGCUGAAAGACUGCAUCGAAGCUAUGCUGGAGUACUUCAAGAUGGCCAGCGCUGCAGAGUGCUGCAGCUUUCUUCAGAGCGUGUGUUUAAUGUGCGAGAACAUCCCCAUGCACCUGGACUCGAGGCUCAUGUCAGUGGCUGGACGAGUCAUCACCGAUCGUGCUCCGCCCCCUGGCACAGAGGCCGUGUCUCUGAGAAACACAGAUGUUUGUGGUGAAAAUUCCGGCCCCGACGUAACGGAUCACGUCCCUUCAUCUCCACUUUCAGAUCAGCACCCCGUCAAACGGCCCAGACUCGAUCACUGGGAGCAGUACAUUACUGCAGCGACGAGUUUACUGCAGAGGAGGUGGAAGCGACUGACAGAACGCUUGGUGAAGGAAGUCCAGCUGGAGAAUGUGUGGGUCAGCCUGAGAACCGCAAACAGAGGCAGGGACAGACCAGACCAAACCCCUGGCUCCGCAGACAGAGGAAGCAGGACACCGGAACCUGAUGGGGAUUUUGGGUGUUUGGAGUCGAGGCUGACUUUGGAGACCUUCCUCCAGGGAUGUGCUGGAAAAGUGACGGCUCUGGUCGGCCAGGCUGGAUCAGGAAAGACUCUUCUCAUGUCUUGUCUGGGACAGCAGUGGGCAAAUGGACUGGGCCCCGUCCCUUCAUCCUACCUGUUUGUCCUGCUUGAGUUUCGCCAGCUCAACCUCUUGUCCCGUCCCCUCUCCCUAUCGGAGCUGCUGUUCCAACACUACCUCCCUCCAAAAGGAGGCGACAAUGCAAAGCGAGCCAUCGUGGACUACCUCCUUUCCAAUCCAGAGCAAAGCUGCUGGGUCCUGGACGGAUACGACGAGUUUCACGGCAAACUCAGCAGGCAAGAAAUGACAGGACCGUUGGACCCAAAAACCCCUAUGCCUGUGGCGGAGCUCAUCUCAGCGCUGUUAAAUCGCCGGAUCCUCCCAGGAAGCACCGUGCUGGUCACGUGCCGUCCGCGUGACGCCGUUGAUUUGGGCGGUGUGUCGGAUAAAGUGGGGCAGCUGCUGGGAUGGGACCAGUAUGACAUCAAGGAAUAUGUGGACAACUUCUUUGGCGUGAAAGAUCCCUCAGCACACCGAGAUCUUGGAGCGUGGGCGGCCGAUCUCCUCCUGUCCAGUCGACACCUCCUUGCCAUGUCUUCCAUCCCCGCCCUCUGCAACAUCUGCUGCAUCUGUCUGGAGCAUUUAUUGGUGGAAGGCACAGAUGCAGAAAGACCAAAGACGGACGGAGGGGGCCGUGCACAAAGACAGGAACCGGGUGGCGAAAGAGGAAGGCCUGAAAGCGUGGUAACAAAAGGGGAAAAUGGCAGAGCGCCACUGGCUUCCACCCAAGUCCCCACCACCAUCACCCAGGUCUACCUCACCAUGCUUGGUGCUUUUGUUAGCCGUGACUCUAGCCAGGGAGGAUCAGGUGCCAGACCACAGGCCUCAAUACCUCCUCAGAGCUCUGUAACCACACUGGAUACUCUGAGUCAGUAUGGGUCUGAGCUGUGCGAGCUGAGUCGGCUGGCUUGGAGAGGUUUAGAGGAAAGCAAGAUCCUCUUCGUGGAAGAAGACAUCCCGCCAGAUGUUUUGAAGUUUUCACUGAGGGCAGGGUUCUUCUCACAGGUGGAGGUCAGACGCUUGGAUGGAGCUGUUGUCAACGCCUACUGCUUCAUUCAUCUUACAGUGCAGGAGUUUUUGGCUGCACUGAUAAUUAUGACUACUAAUGACGUCAGCGACGCUCAUCUCAAGAAGAGAUUCAGCCUGAAAACACGAUGGACAACCAGAACAGACCAGAAGACAGUCUUCACUGACUCCCUGUACCUGUAUGUGUGUGGCCUGGCUUCCUCCCACUGCACUUCAGCCCUGGUUCAAUUAUCCAAGGCGUUUGGGGGAGUCAAGGGAAUCAAAUCUUGGGUCCAGCAGCGACAAGCCCUUGUUCUGAAGUUGCUUAAAACCUUGUGUAACAGCAACAAUCUGACUGGACCAAAGAUCUUGCAGCUCUGCCACAGUGUCCAAGAGAGCCAAGACCAGCAACUGGCCAGACAGGUUGUGGGUGCGAGACCCACCCUGGAGCUGCGGAACAUCUGGCUAUCGCCCAGUGAUAUCGAUGCUUUGGCUUUUGUCGUUAACUCAGCCGGGGACAUUGGCGUCACUUUGGACUUUGGAGCAUGUUCAAUGGAGCUGGAUUGUUUAGAUGUGUUAUCCAGAUGUCAGCACGUCCAUUGCCUCAGUUUUCACAGCCGCAAGUAUGGCGACAAAUUUGCAGAGAAGUUGUCCUCUGUCCUACCUGAGUUUCCGACCCUGAGAAAGCUGGAGUUCUGCGGUGCCAGUGUGACUGCUACGGGAGCAGCUAGUUUGGCCUCUGGACUAGAGAACUGCCCGAACAUCACCGAGAUCAAUCUAACUGACAACAACCUGAAAGAUGAAGGAGUUCAACACAUAGCUGAGAUUUUUAACAAAUUGCCGCGACUCGUCUCUGUAAAGCUGGGACGAAACAACACCUCCCUGAACGCAGUGGACAGCCUCAUCGAGAAAAUGCCUUCGUGUUUGAACAUCCAGGACGUUCAUGCAGACGGCAUGAAAGAAGUGACAGUAACGUUCUCACAAAACUCAGAUGUGAAGAGCCAUAAAUUGAAGCCCAAACCUACAAUCAGCUUGUUAAACCAGAACUGGUGCAAGUCUGAGAUGCAAAAACUUGCCAAGACACUGGCCCGCUGCCCUGCCCUAUCUGUCCUGGAUCUGUCAGGAGGCCAGUGGGAUGAAGACACUUUAAGGACUCUGACUCAGUUUGUGCCAAAGUUCAAUGUUUCCGAACAGAUCACUGUGAAUAACAGCUGCUCAUCAGUGGAGAGCGUGGUGGUUCUGACCACUCUACUGUCUGACCGGACUCCUGCCUCUGAGCUCCAUAUCAGACUACAGAGUCCUGUCCAGGUGUCUAUAGUGUUCCCUGGAGAGACGGGAAAACCAGCAACUGAAAUACCUAAAAAACUUAGUCUCAGCUGCUGUAAGCUGCUGCCUGCCGACAUGGAAAGAGUGUGGAAGAGUCUGGGAACCUCCUCUGGUCUCACAGUGCUGGAUCUGUCCAGUAACUGUUUAGGCAACAAGGGUCUGAAGAAGCUGUUGGAAGUCCUGACUCAUUUUAGAAACCUCCAGGAAAUUAAUGCCAGUAACAAUAACAUCAACAUGGAAGGAGUGGUGAUGCUGGCCAGUGCUUUGUGCUCCCACAACAACCUAACGCAAAUCCACAUCAGCAAUGGAGGCAAAGACGAGCUGAUUCUGAGGUUCAGCUCUGAGAAAAGCACCAGCGAAAAGGUGCAAAAGACGUUCAGAAUAAACAACAGCAGCCUCCUGCCGUCAGACAUAACCACAGUUUGUAGAAGAUUGGUCAAGUGUCGCUCACAGUUGGAGUUAGAGUUGUCUCACAGCUCAUUCAAAGACAAGACCAUCGAGAAUCUACUCACAGUGUUGCCGAAGAUGUUGUCCCUGCAGAAACUUGAUGUGAGUCACAGCAUCACAUCUGCAACAGAUGCACUAACACUGGUCCGUUGUUUGACUGACAACAAGCAAGUCACAUCAGUGGAGCUCAGCCCUCAGAGUGAAUCCUUCAUCACUUUUGACGAAGUGAAAGCAGAACAAGUGAGCUGCAGGUUAACUCAUUUUUGCCUGAACGGUGACGACGUGGAGCGACUGAUUGAGAUCCUGCAGCGGGGUCCCCGACUGUCUGAUCUGGACUUAUCAAGCAACCACCUGGGGGAUGAAGGAGUGAAGCGUUUGGUGGAUUCUCUGCCAAGGCUUAAAAUCAGCAGCUAUGUCAAUCUCAGUGACAAUCGACUGACCCAGCAGGGGUUGUUGAGUGUAGCCUCCACACUGUGUACCUGCGCUAAUGUCUGUGGUGUAGAAGCCAGUAGUUUGGGGGAAGAGAAGCGGAGCCUCAUCUGGUUCAGUCAGAACGGAGGUGGUGAAAAAACGCUGAGCGUCAGAGAAAGUAGCUUGCAGCCUGAACAUGUGGUCAGAUUAGCAGAAAUCACGUCCAGCUGUCACACUUUGGCCAAACUGGAGUUAAAGAACAAUUUGCUGCAGUCGGAGUGGAUUGAAAACUUUGUGAAGCUGUUGAACAGCACUCGGAGAGGAUGCACCAUCAGUAUUGAGGAGAGUUGGAUUACAGCUGAGGAAGCGGUUCAUUUAGUUCAUCGCUGUCUGAGCCACAGCAGCAACAUUCAGACUAUCAGGGUUCAUCAGACCACGUUAAACCUGUCUCUGAAGCCCACUGAACCGACUUCAGCCAGGGGAGAUAAUCCAGAUUUAGCUCAAUCAAUGGCCACAGAGAAAAUUGGUCUCGUGGACUGUGCACUAGACGGUUACCAUCUUGCAUCACUGAGGAGCAUCAUCCAGAGUUGUCCUUCACUAACAGAGCUGGACCUUUCCAACAACAAUCUGGGCGAAGAGGGAGCCGAGUUUCUCUGUUCUAUUCUACCUUCACUGCCAAACCUCACUUCUCUCAGCAUUGGUGCCAAAGAGCCUGUAGCGGCGGUGGUGGAGAGCUUCACGCAGGCUUGUGUGCAGUCUGCAAACAUUCAGGACCUAAAUCUGUCAGGCCACAAGUUCGGUGACGCAGCAACUCAGAGUUUGACCACACUGUUUCCCCGUCUGCGAUCUCUAAAUCUGUCCCAUUGCGUGUGGACCAGGACCGGAGGGCUUCAGCUCGCCCAGGCGCUGGGGCGAUGCGUCAGCCUGGAGGACCUCUGCCUGGACUGUGUGCAUCUGCAUGAGGAGGGGAGGCCGUGUCUGCUGGAAGCUUUAAGGAACAUGACCUCUAUACGCAGACUCAAGCUGAAUAAGAUUACCACAGAGAUGGGACAACCGGGACAGAGCAGCGUUCUGGAUCUCCUGGCUGCUCUGGAGGGACUUGGACACAUAGAGGAGAUAGAGUUGGACGGCUGGAGGAUGGCUGACGCGGGCGUAGAACAGCUGACCGGACUCCUUCCUGUCUGGAAAGAACUCAAGAAGAUCAGCCUUUCAAAGAAUCUCAUCAGUGACCACUCAGGAGAGAAGCUGCUCAUCGCGUUGAAGAGCUGCAGUCGGCUGGAGGAGCUCCAUCUGUCCAGUAACCUUCUUGGCGACCUCACCGCUGCCAGCAUGGCCCUUGUUCUUCCGUCGCUGACACGUCUUUCAGUGUUAGAUAUUUCAGACAACCGUAUCGGAGACAGUGGAUCGCGCAGUCUGUCCAGAGCAAUAAUGUACAUGAAGAACCUCAAAAAGAUUCAUCUGACCUCUGUUGGGACCUCGGAGCUGUGUGCUGUCGCCGCCAGUCUGGCCCACUGUCCUCUCGUAAACGAUGUGAGUCUAAGUUGGAAUAAUUGCGGUGAUGAAGUGGCGCAGGAGCUCUCCAGAGUGUUGCCUUUCUGUCUCAAGCUGACCCGGAUAGAUCUUGAGUGCAACAGUGUGAGUGUCUUAGGAGCCGAGGCCCUGGUUAGAGCCUUACGCUCCUGUCCCGCUCUGCAGCUCAUCAGGCUGUGGAAGAACAAAGUGUCCCAGAGCGACGCACUCAGGCUCAUGUCGAGCGACAGGAGGCUGAAUUUCGCAUCCACCUAAUGUGAUCACUCCCUCUGGACGGUGAAACAGAAGUAACACCGAUCAGCAGCGUCUGUGGAAGUGAAUCGCGGUCAGCAGCAGAGCAUUACUUCUGUUCUGCCACUAAUUCGUUAACUUUUUGUCUCCCCCUGCUGGGCGCAUUCAUUUUCAUCCAUUUUGCCACAUUUCUUUGCCAAGUGUUAAAGGUUUCUCACUUUGUACUGAAGAGUACAGUUUUUGUCAGGAGAAGAAGGCGUUUUGUUUUUGAAACUAUUUGUACGUACGACUAUGCACUUGUUUUGUGUCAGCGGUGAGCUGAUGUAAUUAACUGGCGACCUUUGUGGCGGCCCGCGGCGGCUGUGACCGAUCAUGAAGCUGGAGCGAUGGCAUUCAGGUUUAAUACGUGACCUUACGGUUACACGGCAGGACGGAAAAGAAAUGUUCCUGGCGUAGGUAACGUGUGCACUGAUACUAGGCUAAUAAUAAUUUAGCAAGCUAACCCCUUAGUGAUUCAUUCAGUGGAGGACAUGCAGAGGAUGUAGGGAGCCGUUUGAAAUGACUCCACAACAGCAAUCGAUAUUACAACGUUGACCAAAUACAAAAAAAGGUACACAAGAAAAUGCUCUACCUUAAAGUAAAGCGUAGUGCAAGAAUAGCACCUUUUGCAGAGCUGAACAAAUAAUUAAUUGUUAAUGCUGAAUGAGGAUAUUUCGUCUUCCACCGGGGGCAGCAGCCGGGGAGUCUGUUUUUAAUCGUCUCUGCAGCAGAGCAGCCCUCAGACCACAUGGUGGUGCACAGUGGUCUUCUGGUACAAACCCUCCAGCUGCCUCCUCCUCUUCCUCCUCCUCCUCCAAGACAAGGUGGAAAAGUUGGAAAAAGUUCAGAAAAACAGUGUGAAUGCGGCUCCGAUGACACGUAAUUAAAUCAAAACCACUAAAAUCAAAUGAAAGGAAACGCUAAAAGCCCCGAUAGGAGAUGCAUUAGGAACCCUGCACGUGGUUUAAAAAUGUCGAACCUGCUGUCAGACCGGAAGCCGGGUUUAUCUCAGGAAGCGUUUCUGUCGUGAAUGAAUGAAAAACUCAGUGAAAUUGAGUCACUUUGCACAAUAAUGUGUUUACAUUAAUUAGAGGCCACAUUAGCACAAACACAACCAACCAUGAACUCGCAGUAAUAAUCCUUCUAGGUUGUGGUCUCUAUCCAGUUUGCUUAUUUAUUUCUGCUGUUCGUGAAAAGAAAAAAGAGAGAUUAGAUCGUAUAUUUUUCUUAAUGUUUAUUUAUUUUUGCUGCAAUUCUAAGUGUGAUAAAGUUAAAAUAUAAAAUGUGACUAGAUUCUGAGUGUUGGAGGUAUUUUUUUGAAUGCAGUGUGGUGCACACUCCAAUAAUUACAGAGCUAAUUAUAUUUACAGAGCUAAUUAUAUCAUGAUAUAAUUGAUGGCGCUCUCUCUUUUUGUUUUCUGCUCUGUGUCUGUCUUCCACACAUUCGGUUUCUUUGUUAUUUUUGCAAAGAAACUGGGCUGUUUUGAAACUAUUUUAUUAUUUUUUUUUUCAUGCUGAAAGGCUGCCUUCAGUUUAUUUUUUUAUUAUAUUUCAGUUUUGCACUGUCAGCUGUUUGUUUUCAUUCCUGUUGUCAAAUUAAAGACGAAAGAUGAUGCAUAAACCAAGUAAGACCUGUUUGAAGUAACACAUUUCAUUUUGUUUUUACCUGAUCCUGAGCUGCCUCUUCUGACAGCAGUGAUGGAUGUUUGCGGAAUAAAGCCACAUACAGACAA